CUUCUCCGGUUGCCAGGACAACCAAGGAAGAUGGCCCUUAGCAGGAGCUGGGUGAUCCGAGCUUUUAGCUCGCCGUUGUACAGCGUUGCUCCUGACCUGCAGCUGGCUAGAAGGAGGAGGAGCCAACUCUGCAGAGGAGCCUUUCGCAGCCUCGCGUGGGUCCUGCUGCCUCGCUGCCCCAAUGUGAGACAGAACUCAAGUGUGAGAACCGCUCCUCCUCUCUCCCUCUGCUGGCCACUGCCCAGCUCUGACUGGUUCGCCUCCACUAGCCGCGUAAGCACAGGCAGCAAGAUGUCAGCAUCCUUCUCUACCAGCGACAGUUCAGGGAAGCCCAAAUCCCAGUUCCGCAAGAGGGGGAGCCUGCAGAGCACUACAAGCCCUGAUCUGUGUGGUGUAUCUGGGUCAAAACCCCUCAAGCCUCAGCGUUCCCUCCCAGGAACCCCUGUCUCUUUGAAACAGUUCCCGGUUGACCUACGAACCUCCAUGGAAGAGAAGUACAAAGAGAUUGCAGAGGAACUCUUCACGCGCAGCAUGGCGGAAAGUGAGAUGCGCAGCGCCCCCUAUGAGUUCCCAGAGGACAGCCCCAUCGAGCAGCUGGAGGAGCGCCGGCACCGUCUCGAGAGGCAGAUUAGCCAAGACAUUAAGCUUGAGCCCGAGAUCUUGCUCCGCGCCAAACAGGACUUCCUGAAAAUCGACAGUACCACAGACCUCGAGUUAAUGAAGGAGAAGAGUGUUGACGUUGGUGAUAAUGGCAUCAAGGAACGGGAAAUGCCAAUGGAGAGAGAGUAUCAGCGGGUCUCAAUAUCUGGAGAGGAAAAAUGUGGGGUACCUUUCACUGACUUGGUUGAUGCUGCCAAGUGCGUGGUGAAGGCUUUGUUCAUUCGAGAGAAGUACAUCAACAGAUCCUUGCAGUCUUUUUGCAAGACCACAGCUCAUGCCUUGCAGGACCUCGGCUUGAAGCCACUGGACAUGGGAAUCUAUGACAAAUUUCCCGAGACCCCCGUCGAUGCCGAUGCUCCCGUCCACCCACCUGUUUCGGAGACACACCCUUAUGACAAUCUGGACCCCAAAAAUCUGCCCUCAGAUACGGGAUAUGGUUGCAAGAUGGUAGAUGGAGUAAUGCACGUUUACACUAAAAAGAACACCAUGGAUAAAAGUACACUAUUAGAUCUUCCGUAUCCUGACUUGAAGGAAUAUAUCGCUGACAUGAAUGUAAUGAUGGCCCUCAUCAUUAACGGCCCAGUGAAGUCUUUUUGCUACCGUCGCCUCCAGUAUCUAAGCUCCAAGUUUCAAAUGCACAUCCUCUUAAAUGAGAUGAAGGAAUUGGCUGCCCAGAAGAAAGUUCCUCACAGAGACUUUUACAACAUACGCAAAGUAGACACACACAUACACGCAUCCUCCUGCAUGAACCAGAAGCAUCUGCUGCGCUUCAUCAAGAGGGCCAUGAAAAAAUACCCUGAGGAGAUUGUUCACAUUGAGCGGGGCCGGGGUCAAACCCUGAAGGAGGUGUUCGAGACCAUGAACUUGACGGCCUUCGAUCUGAGCGUUGACACGCUUGAUAUGCAUGCGGACCGCAACACGUUCCAUCGCUUUGACAAAUUUAAUGCCAAAUACAACCCCAUUGGAGAGUCCAUCCUCAGAGAGAUAUUCAUCAAGACUGAUAAUCAUGUUGAGGGGAAAUACUUUGCACACAUUGUCAAGGAGGUUAUGUCCGACCUUGAGGAGAGCAAGUACCAGAACUCUGAGCUGCGGCUGUCCAUCUAUGGUCGCUCCAGAGACGAAUGGGACAAACUGGCCCAGUGGGCUGUCAAACAUCGGGUGUAUUCAGAUAAUGUGCGUUGGCUAGUCCAGGUGCCCCGCCUUUUUGACGUGUAUCACACAAAGAAGCAGCUAGCUAAUUUCCAGGAGAUGCUGGAGAACAUCUUUCUGCCAUUGUUUGAAGUAACUAUCGACCCCCAGAGUCAUCCUGAGCUGCAUCUCUUCCUGGAGCACGUGGUGGGAUUCGACAGCGUGGAUGAUGAGUCCAAACCUGAGCACCACAUUUUCAAUCUAGACAGUCCUUUACCAGCCAACUGGAGAGAGGAGGACAACCCGCCCUACUCCUACUACCUCUAUUACACCUACGCCAACAUGACCGUGCUCAACCAACUGCGCCGGAGGCGAAACUUUCAUACGUUUGUGCUGCGACCUCACUGCGGGGAGGCAGGGCCGGUCCAUCACCUGGUAUCUGGUUUCAUGCUGUCGGAGAACAUCUCCCAUGGUCUGCUGCUCAGAAAGGCCCCUGUGCUGCAAUAUUUGUACUAUCUGGCUCAGAUCGGCAUCGCCAUGUCGCCUCUGAGCAACAACAGCCUGUUCCUGAGCUACCACCGCAAUCCACUGCCAGAGUAUCUGUCAAGAGGUCUCAUGGUGUCCCUGUCCACCGAUGACCCCCUCCAGUUCCACUUUACCAAGGAGCCUCUCAUGGAGGAGUACAGCAUUGCAACUCAAGUGUGGAAGCUGAGCUCCUGCGACAUGUGCGAGCUGGCAAGAAACAGUGUUCUCAUGAGUGGCUUUUCACACAAAGCUAAAAGCUACUGGCUGGGUCCCAGCUAUUACAGAGAGGGCCCGGAGAGCAACGACAUCCGCCGCACCAACCUCCCCGACAUUCGGGUGGCGUACCGAAGCGAGACGCUCUCAGAAGAGCUGCAGCUCAACACCCACGCCGUGCGAACCGAGGAGCUGGAAACCAUCAGCGAGGAAGACGCCCUGUGCAUGGGCCCUCUGGCCGGGUGCCGCUAA